AUGAAGACCUUUUUUCUUCGCUCUUCGUUGCUCGCGCUCGCGACGUGCGCGCUCGGUGCCUCCGCCACCGUGACCAAUCCCUCGGAGCAGCACGAGCCCUUUGAUCUCGACAAGCGUACUUUCGGCCUCAUCCCCCUUUCACCCUGCGGCAUCUUCAAGGGAGGAAUGAGUGGUAUCAGUACCUACUCGAGUCUGUCGCUCAACCUUGGCCUCACCGCUCGAGUGCGCUGCCCCUUGACGUUCCGCUGUGACGGUAAGCCCCGAUCCAAUGCGGGCGCGGCCCGCGCUCAGCGCUGGCGCCGCUCUGAUAGGAUUCUCUUGCUGAUACGACCUGCAUCAUUUCUCAAGGUUCGGGUACGGACGGUCACCUCUACGACAUCAACGGCCUGCCGGUCCCGUCGUGUUUCCCAUCCACUUGGCGCUACUUUGGCAUGUGAGUGACGACAAAAUGCUUCCGGGUGCGCGCAGUAUGACACAGUUUCUGAUACAGAAAAGCACCUUAUCAUUACCUCAGUGAAAGAGGAUGGCAGCCCCCUGCUUCAUUCAGCUGCGGGUCGAGCUGGACCGUCCCGACUGCGUGGUGCCCCUCGGUCCACCUCGCACCUUGGUUCCGACCCGGACCCGGUGUCGCGCUCAGCUACUCGUCCGGCCUCAACAUACCGAGCUGGUGGCUCCCUUCUGCUGGCUGGUCGUGCUCGGGAAACCUCGGCAUUGGUGGUUACGCCUUCGAUCCCUACGGGCAGGGACCUCCGAUUGGAGCCAGCGGGUUCUUGUACUUCGGUUUGGGCAGAGGAUGGCUUCCCCCUGCUGGCUUGAGUAUCGAUGUCAACUUUGUGAGUCUCGGCCGUUUUAAUAUCCUCCGCUCCUGUGAAUGGGACAGUCGACUGAUCCCGUACCCUCGUUCAUUUCUUCAGGUCUUCCCCAGCGGCUGCGGUAAUCUCCACCUCGCCACCUGGUGGUCACCCCCUAUCGAAUGGGUCCCUCCUCCCAAGUUCGGCUGUCCCAUAUGGUGGAAGUGCAGGCGAUGCCAAAGCCCUACAACUUCGGUCACUCUGUCUUUGCCUGCCCCUACGACGACCACCUCGGCUGCGACGAUUGCUCAGACGACAGCUCCUCAAUCGCCGACGACGAGUGCGGCGGCUACCACGGCGGCUCAAACCACUUCGAGUGCUGCCGUGACAACUACGAGUGCUCAAGCUCCGACUAGUGACUGCCACACUACGACCACCGCCGCGGCCACGACGACCGCGCAAGCCACGACGGCUGCAACCACCACCGAGGCACAGGCCACCACGACGGCGAGCACGACCACUGCUCAGGUCACUACCUCGUCGUCUACCUCGGCUUCAACGACGGAUCCUCAGACUACCUCGACUGCUGCGACGACGACGUCCAGCACCACGAGGUCCGCAACGUGCACUUCGUCUUCGACGUCCACGUCUCGCCCCCUCCAACCUCCCACGACCGCACCCAGCCCCCCUUGCGCGCAGAGCACCACUCGCACUCACCACCACCACCAUCACUCGGUCCCUACUACUCGACGCAUCAUCACGUCGACCGUUCGUUUGUUGACGAGUACUUCGUCUGCUUCGGGACCUACUUCGACUUCCGUUUCGACUUCGACUUCGACGCGUUCGAGUUGCGCGGGAGUGCCGACGACGAAACCUCAUCAUGGUCAUCCUUGGCAUGGCCAUGGUCACUCCCACCAUGA